UGUCAUGCAAGAUUUGGCUGCCCACAAAUGCAACCUAAUCGACUGAAUAGGAAGGGAAUUUAACAGAGCCCAAAAUGGAGAAACCCCAGUGAGGAAGUAACCUAAUCCACUGUCUUUAUAUGCAAUCCUUAUUGAAGUCGUCUUCGUCAACCUUAAACCCACCCUCUCCCUCUCCCUCUCCCUUUCUCUCCAGAGUUGUAGAGGAAAACCCUGAAAUUGGAUUGAGUGCCAACACUGAUGGGCCCAGGUGAAGAGCGCUCUGAAAUUGCAUUUUUCGAUGUGGAAACCACGGUGCCCACACGAGUCGGGCAGGGUUUUGCCAUAUUGGAAUUCGGAGCCAUUCUGGUAUGCCCUAGAAAGCUGGUCGAGCUGGAGAGCUACUCCACCUUGGUCCGACCCCACGACCUCUCUCUCGUCUCCUCCUUGUCCGUCCGUUGUAACGGCAUUACACGAGACGCCGUCGUUUCCGCUCCUAAUUUCCGCGACAUUGCCGAUAGGGUUUAUGACAUUCUUCAUGGACGGAUUUGGGCGGGUCACAAUAUAUUGAGGUUUGACUGUGCUCGAAUUAGGGAGGCUUUUGCAGAGAUUGGUCGGCCAGCACCAGAGCCCAAGGGUUCAAUAGAUUCCUUGGCGCUGUUGACUCAGAGAUUUGGCCGGAGAGCUGGGGAUAUGAAGAUGGCCACACUUGCAACCUAUUUUGGGCUUGGACAGCAGACACACAGGAGUUUAGAUGAUGUCAGGAUGAAUCUGGAGGUUCUCAAAUAUUGUGCAACAGUUUUGUUCCUGGAGUCGAGCCUCCCAGACAUAUUUACCACAAACAGUUGGGUUUCUCCAAAUGCUGUUACAAGGAGUCGUAGUAAUGGAAAAGCUUCUCCAGUGGGAAUGAAUCUAAACAUGAGUACUCCCUCAUCAAGUAUCAAAUUUGAAAAUCAUUCAAUAUCAUCUCCUAGUACUCACAGCAGUAUGGAAGGAAUAUUAAAUUUAGUUGAACCUAACACAAACCAACCGGACCCUUUCAACUUGGGUGCACUCAGCAGUGAAAUUGAAAGAGAGUCCCUUAAGCCGGAUUAUGCCUUGGAAGAAAAACCUGUGACCGAGUCUCUUGAGAUGCUUUCUACAACAACUGCAUCUCAGGAUUGCUGUGACUAUGCUGGCUUCCUAGAUCCUGCAGAGGUUUCUGUUGCUUCUAUCAGUGCGUCUUUUGUUCCAUUGUAUCGUGGGACUCGGAGAAUGCAAAUAUUGCACAAUGAUGUCAAGUUGCUGCUUCAUUGUACUCAACUGCGAGUGAGGUUUGGGAUAAGUACAAGAUUUGUUGAUCCUGCUGGACGGCCACGGUUGAGUUUUGUGGUGGAUGGAUCUCCAAGCCUAUGUCAGGUUCUGGAUGCAUGUGACCAACUUGCUUACAAGUUGUCUGUGGAUUCUGGUAGCAGCUCGGAAUGGAGGCCAGUUGUGAUCAGAAAGACUGGGUUUUUAAACACUCCUACCAUCAGAUUAAGCAUACCUACUGUGACAAAUGGGGAUAUUGCCAUAUAUGCCACAGAGAUAUACCAAAAAGAUCCUUCGGGUACCACACAGAGGCUUAUAUUUAGUAGAUUUGAUGCUGCAGAGCUUGAUACCUUGUUCGUUCCAGGAACCCUUGUGGAUACAUACUUUGCCCUGGACCCAUAUGACUAUCAACAGAAUGCAGGCAUCAAACUAGUUGCCAAAAAGUUGAUCAUCCAUGGCAAAUGAUGAGAGACUCAGAAGAUCUAUGAUUCCCUCAAAAAGAGGGUCAGCUGCCAUGUAAAAUUGUACCACAGGAUAUUAUUUAUGCAGGAGUUUGUUUUUCUCAUUCAUAUGGUUGAGAUGGAAAGCAUAUGGAUGCUGUGGAUGACUGAUACUUUAUUAAAUAGUUCUUUAAUGUUUUAUGUAUACCAUUUAACUGAAAUGCAUAUCUCCUUCCUGUUUGGUUA